AUGAGCCAAUUUGAAAAGCAGAAGGAACAGGGCAAUUCUUUGUUCAAACAGGGCCUGUAUCGCGAGGCUGUGCACUGUUAUGACCAACUAAUUACUGCUCAACCGCAGAACCCGGUCGGGUACAGCAACAAAGCCAUGGCGCUGAUCAAACUGGGUGAAUAUACACAGGCUAUUCAAAUGUGCCAGCAAGGACUGCGGUACACCUCAACGGCAGAGCAUGUAGCUAUCAGAUCCAAAUUGCAAUAUCGUCUAGAGCUGGCACAGGGAGCGGUAGGUUCAGUACAGAUCCCUGUUGUAGAGGUUGAUGAACUACCGGAGGGAUACGACCGGUCCUGA